AUGAAGCAGCAAAGUAUACUUUUUUUCUCUUGCUUUCUUCUAAUUGGCAUUAGUUGUGUCAAUGCUGAAGCUCUAAGUUGUAAUCCGAGCGGAAAGAUAAUAGGGAAGAAGCCUCCACCAAAUCAAUGCAACCAAGAGAACCAGUCAGAUUGCUGCGUACAAGGAAAAAUCUACACCACCUACAAAUGCUCACCACCAGUGACAGGCCAUACAAAAGCAACCUUGACAAUCAAUAGCUUCGAGAAGGGUGGCGACGGUGGUGGACCUUCGGAAUGUGACAAUCAGUACCACUCAGAUGAUACUCCUGUGGUUGCUCUAUCGACCGGAUGGUUUAACAAUGAGAGCAGGUGCUUGAAAUAUAUUACAAUCUAUGGUAAUGGAAGGAGUGUUAAGGCCAUGGUAGUCGACGAGUGUGACUCGACGAUGGGGUGUGAUUCUGAUCAUGAUUUUCAACCUCCAUGCCCUAACAAUGAUGUUGAUGCUUCCAAGGCUGUUUGGAAGGCUUUGGGAGUCCCUGAAAGUGACUGGGGUGAAAUGGAUAUAUACUGGACAGAUGCUUGA